UCCGGUGCCGGGGCUAUAAGAGCCGCUUCCGCCGGGCGCGCGACCCGCGGGGGCCAGGCCGUGGGGCGGCGGUUCCGUGCCGGGAGCUCGCACAGCGCUGCCAUGAACGCCCACGGGGAAGGACGGGCCCUGGCCGGGCUCAGCAUGGAGAAGGCCGUCGCCUUCACCCGCCGGCUGCGGGCCGAGCCGCAGUUCCUGCUGGCCCAGAACGUGGCGACGUGCAACGACCCGCUGGAGGUGUGCCUGCAGCGGCAGGUGGUGCAGGAUACGGUGCAGGUCUUCCAGCACGCCGUGCCCGCCGAGGGCAAGCCGGUCACCAACCAGAAGAACUCCGGGAGAUGUUGGAUCUUCUCCUGUCUCAAUGCAAUGCGUCUUCCUUUCAUGAAGAAGUACAACAUUGAAGAGUUCGAAUUCAGCCAGUCCUAUCUCUUCUUCUGGGAUAAGGUUGAACGUUGUUACUACUUUUUAAAUGCCUUUGUGGAAACAGCUCAGAAAAAGGAGCCUGUGGAAGGAAGGCUGGUACAGUUCCUGCUCUCCAACCCCACGAAUGAUGGGGGACAGUGGGACAUGUUGGUUAACAUUAUUGAGAAGUAUGGUGUUGUCCCCAAGAAAUACUUCCCGGAGUCUCAUACCACAGAGGCUACCAGAAGGAUGAAUGAGAUCUUGAAUCAUAAGAUGAGGGAAUACUGCUUGCGGCUAAGAAACAUGGUGGAAAGUGGAACAAUGAAAGGAGAAAUCUGUGCUGCAAUGGACACAAUGAUAGAAGAGGUAUUCAGAGUAGUGAGCACUUGCCUGGGCAACCCUCCGGAGACCUUCUGCUGGGAGUUCCGGGAUAAGGAGAAGAACUACCACAAGUAUGGCCCCAUGACACCAGUCCAGUUCUACAAUGAGCACGUGAAGCCUUACUUCAACAUGGAAGACAAGAUCUGUCUAGUGAAUGAUCCUCGACCUCAGAACCCAUACAACAGGCUGUACACAGUGGAGUACCUGGGCAACAUGGCAGGAGGGAGGAAAACACUCUACAACAACCAGCCUGUGGAUGUCUUGAAGAGAUUAGCUGCAGCAUCCAUUAAGGAUGGCGAGGCUGUGUGGUUUGGCUGUGAUGUUGCAAAGCACUUCUAUGGCAAGCUGGGAAUCAAUGACCUGAAUAUAUUUAAUCAUGAGCUGGUGUUUGGUGUCUCUGUCAAGAACAUGAACAAAGCGGAACGGUUAAUCUUUGGAGACUCACUGAUGACCCAUGCCAUGGUCCUGACAGCUGUCACUGAGAAGGAUGGGCAAGAAGAUGCAUUUGAAAAGUGGAGAGUGGAAAACUCCUGGGGUGAAGACCGUGGUAAUAAAGGUUACCUGAUCAUGACUGAUGACUGGUUCUCUGAGUACGUGUAUGAAGUGGUGGUGGACAAGAAGCAUGUACCAGAUGACAUCUUGGCAGUGAUGCAGCAGGAACCAAUUGUUUUGCCAGCUUGGGACCCUAUGGGGGCUUUAGCCAAGUGAACUCCAGAAUAUUUGCCUCUUAAUGGUCAACCAGAAGUAGAUGCAAUAGAGAAUUCCAGUGGUUGGAAGCCAUAGCCAAAUGAUAAUGUGACCGAGCACUCAGCAUGGUCCAAAUUCUUGAAAUCUAAGUUAAGGAUCUUUGGGAAAUAGCUCUUUACUCACCUAGCUGAAUAAAUCCAACUGCAAAACUGAAAAGGGAACAGGGUGUGUGGGGGCAAACCUCAUCAUGAGAAAGUCUUACAAGUGCUGUCCAUGGCAGUUUGAUUUUUACCUUCCACUUUUAAUUAAAAUCAGCUUAGUGACUUCGUUGGAAUUAUUUUGACCUGUCUUUUUCCCUCAGAAAGAGGUGGCCAUAAAAAAGGUCCUUUAGAAGUAACAGCUAAGUGAUUUUUUUUUAGAGCAAAUACAUGAAGAUACUCAGCAUUUAACCAUCCAUGGUCAGAUUUGUACCAUAAAAGAACCUGCUCAGAUAUUUCCUCUUUACAUUUUUAGUUUUGCUGAAGUAGGAAAUGUAAGAAUUGAAACUGCUAAAAACCUGACCUUAAGACAAAUUUUCUUUUCCAUCAGAAUUACAGGGUGGGGGAAAAUCCAAAGCCAUUUCCUUGAGGGUUUCCAGUUUGACUUGGGUUUAUUCUUCCAUUAAGCUAGGACUGGAGAACCCAUUUCUAGGCCCAGUGCUGUGUCUGUGUGCACAAGAGUGCUAUUUUUCCUUUUUAUUAGCAAGAACAACCAUAAAUAUCCUCAAAGGUGGAGUUAGUGUCAUGCUCAACAGGAAAAAAAAAAAACCAACAUUUUACUUGCUGCAUUUUAUUUGGGUGUUAAAAAAAAAACAAACCAAGAUGGUGCUAUGAAGCUUUUGAAUAAACACUUUCUAAAGUGA